GUGGUAUUUAUUGAAGCUACGGUCACACUGCCACACGGUUUGUUGUGCGGCUGAAAAAAUUGAAUUAAUUUUAGUAUUUUCAAAUAAAAACAAUAAUGGGCACCAAAAGACCCAACAAUUCUGUAGUUUUGGCCCAAGAGGCUAAGCGCAGCAAGAGCGAUCUGGUGGCAUACACAAAUCGGGAUAAAGCGCUCCUUGAAUCGGGUGUGAGGCGCACCUCCAACCUACAGGCGCCCAUUAUGCAGCUGGAAGGACAUGAAGGCGAGAUUUUUACAGCGGAAUUCCAUCCGGAAGGGGAGUUGCUCCUUUCCUCCGGAUUCGACAGGCAAAUAUACAUCUGGCAGGUGUACGAUGACUGUGAGAACGUGAUGGCCAUGUCGGGACACAGUGGCGCUGUGAUGGAAGCUCACUUCACGCCAGAUGGCUCGCACAUUUUCACCUGCUCCACGGACAAAACUCUGGCGAUUUGGGAUAUUGUCACGGGGCAGCGGCAACGGCGUUUCAAGGGACAUGGCAAUUUCGUUAACAGCGUCCAGGGCUCGCGAAGGGGUCAGCAGCUGCUCUGCUCGGGAAGCGAUGACCGCACCAUUAAAAUCUGGGAUGCCAGAAAGAAGCACGCUGCACACACCCUGGAGUCGCCCUUCCAAGUGACCGCCGUCUGUUUCGGCGACACUGGCGAGCAAGUUAUCAGUGGCGGCAUUGACAAUGAACUGAAGAUCUGGGACAUACGAAAGCAGGCGGUCUUGCAUCACCUGCGAGGCCAUACCGAUACGAUUACGGGGAUGUCCUUGUCGCCCGAAGGAGACUUCGUUCUAUCGAAUGCCAUGGAUAACACCUUGCGGGUGUGGGAUGUCAGGCCCUAUGCCCCAGGCGAAAGGUGUGUGAAGGUUUUCCAGGGCCAUCAGCACAACUUCGAAAAGAAUCUGUUGCGCUGCGCUUGGUCACCGGGUAGCGAUAAAAUAUCCUCUGGUUCCGCUGACAGACAUGUGUACAUUUGGGAUGUAAAUACAAGAAGAAUCCUCUACAAACUUCCCGGCCACAAUGGCAGUGUCAAUGCCGUGGACUUUAGCCCGAAAGAGCCACUAAUUCUCUCUGGAUCCAGCGACAAGACCUUGUAUCUGGGCGAGAUUGAUGAGUGAUCGAUGAUUUGUCAAAAGAGUGAAAGGAUUACUACCCUCGUGAACAGUCUCUUAAUAUGCAGGUAACUUUUUGCAGAGAUGGGGAAUAAGAUUUAUCUGUAGAUGCUCCAAAACCGUAAGGAUUUUUCGUCAAUAAAUUAAAAGAAAAAUAAAAA